AUGUCCAAGUUCUACGACUUAACCCCACUCGAUAGCAAAGGAAACCCAUACCCGUUUUCAGAAUUGAAGGGUAAAGUUGUCCUUAUUGUCAAUGUUGCUUCAAAAUGUGGCUUUACUCCUCAAUACGAAGGGCUCGAGAAGUUGAACAAAGAGUUUGAAGGUAAACCAGUUCAAAUUUUGGGCUUUCCAUGCAACCAAUUUGGAAACCAAGAACCGGGUUCAAAUGAGGAGAUUGGAUCUUUUUGCAAGUUGAAUUAUGGUGUUACAUUCCCCGUUUUAGCCAAGGUUGAUGUCAAUGGUAACAAUGCCUCACCAGUUUAUCAAUACUUGAAGAGCCAGAAGUCAGGUUUAUUAGGAUUGACCAGAAUCAAAUGGAAUUUUGAAAAAUUUUUGAUUGAUCAGAACGGAAAUGUUGUUGAGAGAUUUAGUUCAUUGGCCAAGCCAGCGGAUAUUGCACCAAAGAUUGAAAACUUGUUGAAGAAUAACAAGUGA